AUGGCACUCUCCGAGGAGCUCUCGUCCUUGAAGAUGAGAGAGGGGGAGGGAGUGGCUGCAUACUGGGCGCGUGCCGAAGACUUGAGGUCCAAGUACUUGGCUGCUGGAGGGAAGGAGGAGGAAAAGGAGUGGAUGAUGAGGGUACUCAAAGGACUACCCCCUCACUUUGAGAUGCUGAAGCGGGGGGGUCGUGGGUCCAACGGCAAGGCACAGGUGGCGGAUGAGGAGGAGCAGGAUCACAAGGCAGAAGUAGCAGUUGGAGAGGCAGUUGCAGCAGUAGGAGAGGAGCAGCCGCGAGAGGGGUGGUGGAUUGACAGUGGGGCCAGCCACAACUUUACUCCUUAUGCAUCAGACUUCAAGAGUAAGCUUGAGCCACCUGAGAUUCGGGGAGUUAGAUUGGGAGAUGGACGGGUGGUGAAAGAUGUUGGCAUGGGUGAGGUGCUAGUGGUUGGUGCUGGAGGUCAGCUGCUGUGGAUUCAAAAGGUCCACCUUCUGCCUGAGAUGCACACGCGUCUGCUGUCAGUCCCACACCUCACCUCUUGGGAUGUCAUUGUCACAUUCAAGGGCAAGGGAUGUGUAAUAACACUGGGGGAGAGGGUGUUGGCGAUUGGAGAAAAGGAGAGGGGACGGGACCAUGGAUUGGUGCAGAUGUCUCUUCGUCUUGCUCGGGGCACACAGGGCAGUGCUCUUGCAGGCCAGAAGCCGCAUGUGGGCAUGGCUUGGAUUUGGAGUUGCAUGGGGAGUGUCAUGUUGCAUGGGCAUGAGAAGGGUGGCAAGCUUGAUGCAGGCGCCGUCAUGUGUGUAUGUGUUGGGGUGGUCAUGGAGAGCAAGGGCUGGCGCAUGUUGGACCAUUCUGUCAUGCGCAUUCGCAUUGCUCGGGAUGUUGAUUUUCUUGAGAAUCUCCUCCCCCUUCCACUCUCUCCACCCUUAGCAGCGGUUGAUGACGCUGAUAUGCCACCUUCAACACCACCACCGGCACCGCUGAAUGUGUCGGUGCAGCAGCAGACUGCCCCUCUGCAGCAGCUCAGCGGCCCCUCGGUCAUUCAGCGGAGAUCCGCUUCCCAGGCUUCUUCCUCUUCCUCCUCCUCUGGUCAGCGCCCUGUCACUCUCUCUAUGAGUGCACCUAUGUCACCAGCGACUACCUCCCCACCACCGAUUACGGGUUUGCAGGUGCUUGGUAUCCAGUCUGGUACAGGUGGUGAGGAGGUAGGGGGGGAUGCUGGUGUGGUUGAGGGCAUGCUGUGCUUGGCCAGGGAGGAGAAGGUGUUGCGCUAG